CAGAGAUUUUUUUCCUUUCCUUUUAAUCUUUCUCCUUCCACUUUUUACUUUUUGAAAGAUGACUAUUGAUCAAUACAAUUCCGGAGGUCUCGACCAGCAAUUUGCUGGAAUGGGUUUGAAUGAUAAGCCCAGCGGUAAUGGCGGCCGUACUGGCCCUAGCCGCUAUGUCCCCCCUCAUAUGAGAACCAAACCUUCGUAUGAUAACGCUCCUCCCGCUCGAAACAACACUGGUUUUGCUGCUUGGAAUGAUCGUCCUGCAGGUCGUGAAGGAUGGAACUCAUCUCGAUCUGAUGUUAACCGCAGCAACAACUGGGGCAACGACAACCGCUCCAACUUUUUCGAACGUGGUUCAUAUGGUGGUUAUCGCAACAACCGUCGUGAUGACUCUGGCUAUUACGGCGGCGGCCGUCGUGAUGAAACUCAAGGUUACUGGAAAGAGGGUGUUCAUCACAUUGGCACUCGCAAUCCUCGCACCGAACGUGAUCUCUUUGGUACCGCUGAUGAUUCUUUGACCCAACAUACUGGCAUCAACUUUGAAAAGUAUGAUGACAUCCCCGUCGAAGCCAGUGGUCAUGAUUGCCCCGAACCUAUUUCCACCUUCACCACCCCUCCGUUGGAUGCUCACUUGUUGUGCAACAUCGAGUUGGCUAGAUACACCAGCCCUACUCCGGUUCAAAAGUAUUCCAUCCCUAUUGUCGGUGCCGGCAGAGAUUUGAUGGCUUGUGCUCAGACCGGUUCUGGUAAAACCGCCGGUUUCCUUUUCCCUGUGUUCUCUGAACUUUUCUCCAAGGGUCCUUUAGCCGCCCCUGUUGAUGACCAACGUGGUGCUUACCGUUCCCGCAAGGCUUACCCCACCGUUCUUAUCCUCGCUCCUACUCGUGAAUUGGUCUCUCAGAUUUACGAGGAAGCCAAGAAGUUCGCCUACCGAAGCUGGGUCAAACCUGCUGUUGUCUAUGGUGGUGCUGAUAUCGGUGGUCAGCUCCGUCAGAUUGAACGUGGUUGUGACUUGUUGGUCGCCACUCCCGGUCGUCUUGUCGAUUUGAUCGAACGUGCUCGUAUCUCGCUUGCCAACAUCCGUUACCUUGUUCUUGAUGAAGCUGAUCGUAUGCUUGAUAUGGGUUUCGAACCUCAGAUUCGCCGUAUUGUCGAGAAAGAAGAUAUGCCCGGUGUCGAAAACCGUAUCACGCUCAUGUUCUCGGCCACUUUCCCUCGCGAUAUCCAAUACCUGGCUCGUGAUUUCCUCAAGGAUUACGUCUUCUUGUCGGUGGGCCGUGUUGGUUCUACCUCGGAGAACAUUACACAAAAGGUUGAAUAUGUCGAAGACGAAGAUAAGCGUUCCGUCUUGUUGGAUAUCUUGCAUUCUACCGAAGUCAACGGUUUGACAUUGAUCUUUGUCGAAACCAAGCGUAUGGCCGAUUUCCUUUCCGAAUUCUUGUUGGAUCACAACUUCCCUGCCACUUCCAUUCACGGUGACCGUACUCAACGCGAGCGUGAGCGUGCUCUCGACUCUUUCCGUACUGGUCGCACCCCCAUCAUGGUCGCUACCGCUGUGGCGGCACGUGGUCUCGAUAUUGCCAACGUCGCUCACGUUAUCUCCUACGAUUUGCCAACGGACAUUGACGACUAUGUUCAUCGUAUCGGCCGUACCGGUCGUGCUGGUAACACUGGUUUGGCUACUGCGUUCUUCAACCGCGGUAACAAGAACAUCUGUACGGAUUUGGUCGAUAUCUUGAAAGAAGCCAACCAGGAAAUUCCUUCCUUCUUGGAAUCCAUUGCUCGCGAGAGCCGUAUGUACGGUGGUCGUGGCGGCCGUGGUCGUGGUGGUGGUCGUGGUGGCAGCUUUGGCGGCAGAGAUUACCGUCGUCAAGAUAACAACUCUUCCUGGUCGCGUCCUGCUCCUCAAGAUUCCAACGCUUUCCCUCCCUUCAGCGGUGGUGGCGGCAUGGGCGGUGGUCGUCAAAGCGCUCCUCGCGAUGCUCCCCUUCAGUAUCAAACCAAGACCAGCUGGUUCUAAAGAGAGG